AUGGGCGAGCGCGCGACGACGCCGACGCGACGGGAGGAGGCGGCGUUCGCGACGACGCCGACGACGCCGCGCGCGCGCGAGGACGCGCCGACGGGGUUCGUGGAAGUCGCGAACGGCGACUUGGGGGCGCUGUUCGGGGGGUGCGAGGGCGACGACGAUUGGUUGACGCCGACGGGGGGGGGGGGGGAGGUCGGCGCGUCGGCGUCGGCGUCGGCGGGGGCGGAGGCGUCGGCGGGGGCGGUUCGCGCGGCGGCGACGGCGACGGCGGCGGCGACGUACGCGACGAACGCGCCGUUCGCGUCGCCCGCGGCGUCGCGGGACGAUGGGAUGGGAUUCUUUGACGAUUUAGACGCGGCGGAGGAGACGGUGAGCGCGCCGGCGGUGAUUCCGUUCGAGGCGCGGGCGAGCGGGGCGGCGGAGGCGCCGGCGCGCGAAACGUACGCGGCGAGCGAGAACGUGGCGGAGGCGAACGAGAUCGCGAGCGUCGCGGCCGAGGCGCGCGCGCCAGUUAUCGAGGCGACGAGCUUCGCGCCGACGGAUUCGGCGCCGGAUCGUGCGUUUUACGAGGAAACGCACGCGCCGGCGGCUGAGUAUCCGCAAGCAGAGUUCGUCGGCGAGCGCGAAACGAGCGAUGACUUCGGGAUGGGGAUGACGUCACACGCUCACGCCACUGCGUACGAGCAACAUGCUCCGGAACAGUACGCGCGACAGGGAUUUUCCCAACCGCUCGCGAGCGCUUCGCACGAAGACCAGCCGAAUCGCGCGCUUGAACUGCGAGAGCCGCCUAGAUCAGCGUACGCAGACUAUCGAGAAAACGACGUCACCGCGGACCUGAGCGCACCACCGAUAGUGCCGGCGUAUUCUUCCGAGAAUUUGCACAGCCGUGUGUCCUCGUCGAAUUCCGUCUCCGAUAUGCAGGCGCCGCCGCAGACGCCGCCGAAGCCGACGUUCAUGGUGCCGACGCCGAUUGAAGACUCCCCGAUGGCGUACGUGCAUGCCGUGCCGCAUGCAUUGGCUUCAGCGUCGCCCGUACCAUUUACGCCACCACCUCGCGCGAGCGCGGGCUACGACACGUACGAGCCCGCUCGCGUGGCACAGCCAGAGUAUCCGCCUGUGCCUGCGCCGAGCGCGAAUCAUGGCGGCUAUGCGCCGUCUUACGAGGCGCACUCCACGCAACAGCUCGAGUAUGCAGCAUAUAGUGAAACAGAGACGCUCAAACCCGCAAAUUAUGACGACACUGAUCGUUCUCCGCACGGCCGCCCGCAGCACGUGGCGAUGAGUUUCGGUUUUGGCGGCUCGCUCAUACUGAGCGGGCCUGGGUAUCCUGGCGGUAGAAUCAGUCACGGAACGAGCAUACCACCUUGUAGCUUGCGCGUGCAUUCGGUUGGAUCCAUGUUAAAGGAUGGUAACACACUCGGUAUGUCUUACGUACGAUCGAUGGAGGCGUUCGACGGGCCGUUGGGAAAUCGACGACAAGCCGACGUGACAAAGAUGAUGGACUCGGCGCUCUCGUCCGGGGGAGAACGGCAACAGAGCGAAGUGACAUUAUAUCGCGUGUUACAGACGAUGUUACGACAUAAGGGUGAGAUUUCAACCCCUGGUGAUUUGUUAGGCGAAAAUAGAAAAGGCGCUGUCGCCGAGCUUGCAUCCGUGCUCGCCGGUGACGCUCAGGCAGCCUCGGACGGUGGUUGGGUGUCGGCAAACGUCGCGGCGUCGCCGCUGAAUCCGUCGGGCGAAGGCGACGCGCAACAAAUCGUGCAAAUAGAGAAUCUCCUCAUCGCCGGUCGGCGCGGUGAGGCGCUGCAGGCCGCUGUAGCGGCGAAAUUAUGGCCACACGCGCUUCUUCUCGCCAGCCACAUGGGCGGUCGUCACUAUCACGAAACGGUCUCCAUCAUGGCAAAGAGCGUGUGCCGAGUCGGUUCGCCGCUCCACACGCUCGAAGUAGUCAUGGCUGGGAUACCCCAAGAGCUCACGACAAGCGGUGUCGAGGCUGCACCGAACGUGCACGGGAUGCAAGUGCCGGAAGUUUCCCAAAUUCGAGAACUUCUCCCGAGAUGGCGCGAGCACAUCGCUAUUCUUUGUUCAAACCCAGCAAAAGGGAGUGAUUUCGUGCUCAAAGCGCUCGGCGACGAGCUCUGGUGUCAGAAUGACAUCACGGCCGCGCAUGUUGCCUACGCACUGUCAAAGCAACGUCCGACGCCGUAUUCAUUCAAUUCGCGGUUGUGUCUCAUCGGCGCGGAUCAUCGCAAGUUCCCGAGGACGUACGUCACGCCUCGUGCCGUGCACCUCACCGAGAUUUUCGAACUCGCGGUGUUAGGUUCGAAUCCACAAGCGCAACUUCCAUCUCUGUUGCCUUACAAGCUCUUAUACGCCGGAGCUUUAGCUGAGGUUGGUAAAUUGAAACCAGCGCUGGCGUACGUAGAGUCUGUGUUGAAGAGCGUUCGUUCUCUGGAUAGAAAUUCUCCCGAAGUGAACGGCGCCCUCGUGGGAAUGUUGGCGGCGCAGAUGGAAGAUCGGUUACACAAUAGUUUACGCGGAAAAACUGGCAGAUUAGCUGACGCCGCAGCUGGCGCUGCCAAGGUGUUGGUGAGCGGCGUCAAAGGCUUGCUCGAUCGAAGCGUCAGCUCCCUAUUCGGCGACGGCGGUGAAUUUCAAGCCUCGCCGCUGGGUCCACCGCACGAGCCGCGACCGCACACGCCACCGGAUGCGUAUCAGCAGCAGCCCGUGCAAAUGCACCACACACUUUCGUCGGCGCACUCACAAGCUGCACCGGUCGUGCAACCGCCGCCGGCGCACGUGGCGCGCCACGAGCGCACGCCCUCGGGCAACUUGUUACGAUCGAUGUCGUCCCUCUUCGGCGGCGUUGCGCCAAAGCCUCAGCCCGCGAACGAGCCGACAAUGAGCCAAGAGAAUGUCUUCUAUUACGACGACGAGCGCAAGAUGUGGCUCGAGAGAGGACGAGCACCACCGAAAGAGGCCCCACCCGUGGGUGCUCCGCCGCUUCGAUCAGAACAAAGCGCGGCGAGUGAAAUUGCAGGUCCGCCUCCAGUCAUGGCGCCAAGCACGCACGCAAAACAGCAAGGUGGCGUACACACGCGUUAUGUGUCGACGUUCAGCACGACUUCGACGCCGACUGUCGCCCCUCAAGGCUUCGUCCCCGUCGCGCCUAACGCCGGCGCGUGCGCGCAAGCUCCUGCGCAAUUCUUCAUGCCGUCCGCCGUCGCGCCGGCCCAUUCCGCGCACUCCCGGAAUGAAUCCAGCGAGAGUCAAUCGUCGGCGUCGUACGCCGCACACGAACGAACCGCCUCGCAAGAUGGAUUUUACGGUUACGAAGCCUCGGCAUCCGAAUCGUCGCAUCCGCCGCCCGCCGGCGCAAUCCCUCGCCCGCCCACCAUCGACCCCGCCCUCCUCGCCCCGUCGUUCGCGACGUCAGCACCACUCCCAGUGAUUCAUCACACGAGCGCUUCCGCCGCUCCAUCCGUCGACGUCGUCGCCGAUGAUUUCACCGACCUCAGACUGCAAUAA